GCAUGCGCAGUGACACCUCACCCCCCCACCACACCCCCACCCGGCUCCUGCAUUAAGCCCUGGGUUCGCAGCCGCAGCCGGGAUCGGGCACCCGGGGGCGGGCGGACGGCGACGGGCAUCGUAGGGCCAUGGCUGAGGGUGAUGAUAUGCAGACCUUCACUUCCAUCAUGGAUGCACUGGUCCGCAUCAGUACGAGCAUGAAGAACAUGGAGAAGGAACUGCUGUGCCCAGUUUGUCAAGAAAUGUACAAGCAGCCACUGGUGCUGCCCUGUACCCACAACGUGUGCCAGGCCUGUGCCCGGGAGGUGCUGGGGCAGCAGGGCUAUAUAGGCCAUGGCGGGGACCCCAGUUCCGAGCCCACUUCGCCUGCCUCCACCCCUUCCACCCGCAGCCCCCGCCUCUCCCGAAGAACUGUCCCCAAGCCAGACCGCCUGGACCGGCUACUUAAGUCAGGCUUUGGGACAUACCCCGGGCGGAAACGAGGCGCUGUGCACCCCCAGGUGAUCAUGUUCCCAUGCCCAGCCUGCCAGGGUGAUGUGGAGCUGGGGGAGCGGGGCCUGGCAGGGCUUUUCCGGAACCUGACUCUGGAGCGUGUGGUGGAGCGGUACCGCCAGAGUGUGAGUGUAGGUGGCGCUAUCCUGUGCCAGCUAUGCAAGCCCCCACCACUGGAGGCCACCAAGGGCUGCACCGAGUGCCGUGCCACCUUCUGCAAUGAGUGCUUCAAGCUCUUCCACCCUUGGGGCACGCAGAAGGCCCAGCAUGAGCCCACCCUGCCCACCCUCUCCUUCCGCCCCAAGGGCCUGAUGUGCCCAGACCACAAGGAAGAAGUGACCCACUACUGCAAGACAUGCCAGCGGCUGGUGUGCCAACUCUGCCGUGUGCGACGCACCCACAGUGGGCACAAGAUCACACCCGUGCUCAGCGCCUACCAGGCUCUCAGGGACAAGCUGACAAAGAGCCUGACAUACAUCCUGGGAAACCAGGACACAGUACAGACCCAGAUCUGUGAGCUGGAGGAGACCGUGAGGCACACCGAGGUGAGUGGUCAGCAGGCCAAGGAGGAGGUGUCCCAGCUGGUGCGGGGGAUGGGGGCUGUGCUGGAGGAGAAGCGGGCAUCACUGCUUCAGGCCAUUGAGGAAUGCCAGCAGGAGCGGCUGGCCCGGCUCAGCGCCCAGAUCCAGGAGCACCGGAGCCUGCUGGAUGGCUCAGGUCUGGUGGGCUAUGCUCAGGAGGUACUUAAGGAAACAGACCAGCCUUGCUUCGUGCAAGCAGCCAAACAACUGCACAACAGGAUUGCCCGAGCUACUGAGGCCCUCCAGACGUUCCGGCCAGCUGCCAGCUCCUCCUUCCGCCAUUGCCAGCUGGAUGUGGGGCGUGAGAUGAAGCUGCUGACGGAGCUUAAUUUCCAGCGAGUGCCUGCGGCUCCCGUCAUUGACACCCAGCGCACCUUUGCCUACGACCAGAUCUUCCUGUGCUGGCGGCUGCCCCCGCACUCACCACCCGCCUGGCACUACACCGUUGAGUUCCGGCGCACAGACGUGCCCACCCAGCCCGGCCCCACCCGCUGGCAGCGGCGGGAAGAGGUGAGGGGCACCAGUGCCCUGCUCGAGAACCCUGAUACAGGCUCCGUGUACGUGCUUCGUGUCCGUGGCUGCAACAAGGCUGGCUAUGGCGAGUACAGCGAAGAUGUGCACCUGCACACACCCCCGGCACCUGUCCUGCACUUCUUCCUUGAUGGCCGCUGGGGUGCAAGCCGAGAGCGGCUGGCCAUCAGCAAGGACCAGCGAGCAGUGCGGAGCGUUCCAGGGCUGCCCCUGCUGCUGGCUGCCGAGCGACUGCUGACCGGCUGCCACCUGAGCGUGGACGUGGUCCUGGGCGAUGUGGCCGUGACCCAGGGCCGCAGCUACUGGGCCUGCGCCGUGGACCCGGCCUCCUAUCUGGUCAAGGUGGGCGUCGGCCUGGAGAGCAAGCUUCAGGAAAGCUUCCAGGGUGCCCCGGAUGUGAUCAGCCCCAGGUACGACCCAGACAGUGGGCACGACAGCGGUGCUGAGGAUGCCACCGUGGAGGCGUUGCCACCCUUUGCUUUCCUAACAAUCGGCAUGGGCAAGAUCCUGCUGGGGUCUGGGGCGAGCUCAAACACAGGGCUGACAGGGAGGGACGGCCCAGCAGCCAGCUGCACGGUGCCCCUGCCACCCCGCCUUGGCAUCUGCCUGGACUAUGAGAGGGGCCGAGUUUCCUUCUUGGAUGCCGUGUCCUUCCGCGGGCUCCUGGAGUGCCCCCUGGACUGCUCGGGGCCCGUGUGUCCUGCCUUUUGCUUCAUUGGGGGUGGCGCAGUACAACUACAGGAGCCUGUGGGCACUAAGCCUGAGAGAAAGGUCACUAUUGGGGGCUUCGCCAAGCUGGACUGACCCUUCCUGCCCCCACUUCUGCAGCUGGUCCCUUCCUGGGCCCUACACCCCCUCAAUCUCCAAGCCUCCUGACACCAGGUUAUUCCCCUGGCAGCUUCUCCCCCAAAUUCUUCUUACCACGUGGUCCUGCCCUUAACCCAUGUCUGUGUCUCCCUAAGGCCUUCUCGUGACCAAGGGGCUCUCCUCACCUCUCUGGAUGUCCCCAUUCUCUCCAAUGCCUGUUAGCCCAGGCCCCCACCCCCCUCCAAGGCUCUGCCCCAUACCCUGCCCUUGGCAUCUUACCCAAGUCAUGGAGAGAGCCCCUUCCCAAUCCCUGCCCUGUGCUCCUCCCCAGGCUUAUUGGGAGGGAGGGCUCCUGGAACAUUGGGCAUGAUCCCCAGCUCUGUCCUGUCAAGAACCCUGCCCCUUGAAUGCUAAACUACAGCCUGGGGCGGGCAGGCUUUUUGGCUGGACACUGCCCAUGCACUCCCUGGUGAGGGGAAGGGGACCCUGCCAUCCUGCUUUAUUUAUUUGGGUUCUCAUGCCCCCCAGCCGCAUGCCCCUUGUGUCCCUCUCACUCCCUCUUGCAUGCUUUACCUGUCCCACACCCAUGCCACUGUGCCAAGUCUCCCUUGGGGCCCCAGCUGAGACUAAGUGUCCCCAUUGGGUCGGGCCAGGCAAGGCCUGUGCUGCCCACUGCUGACCCCCUGCAGCGGGCACUGCUAGGCCUGUGCCAAGCAACAACUGUUAUUCUCAUGGUUUCUAAACAAUAAACUGUGAUG